AUGCUGCAGGAAAAGAGGCUCUGCAUCCUCGGCGCGGAGCUGUCAGAGCUGGACAUCUUCGAGCGGCUACUGCGCUUCAGCGGCGCCCAGCUGAGGCUGCUCCAGUGCUUCCAGGCCGUCAUAGAACAUGGAUCCAAACUAUCAGCAGAACUCGCCACCGGCUACCUAUCGCGCUGCGACUCCAACGCGCGCUCCGAAGAAUGUCUCAUCCAACUGGGCUUGCGGCUCGGCGGUUUUUUGAAUGAGGCUGGGUGGUACGCGGACGCUCAGCGCGUACUGUUACGCUGCCGCGCGCUGUGCCGCGCGCAGCCGCCGAGCGCGCACUACACACGACUCACUCUCGAGUGCUGCCACAGACUGCUGAACACACAAUCCUCGUACUGUUGCUUCCCGGCCGCGGCCGAAACGUACGCCCUGGCCCUCGACCUGCUGAGCCUCACGGACGACGCUCCGACACAAGCAGCUAGGCCAGACACGCCCAGACAUGUCUCCGAGGAGUGCAGCCGCAGACUGGACACAUGCGACAUACUCUCCCAAGUCCCCGGGCUGACAGACCCGCACGAGCCGGCCAGCGAGUGGGCGCUCUCAGCGCUGCUCGCGCGCCUCUUCAAGGAGUUCAGCGCGUUGUUCUUCGUGCGCUGCGAUUACAGCGCCGCGCACGCGUGGGCCAUGCGCGCUUUACGCCUGCUCCGCCCAGAUACACCGGCAAAGAUUACAAUCGAAGUCCUCCGCGCGUGCGGCAAAGCGUGCGUAGUGAAGCGACGCUUCGGGCAAGCAGGGUUAUUAGUUCGGCAGGCCGUAGCGCUAGCGAGGCAGGCCUUCGGCGCUACACACCCGCGCUACGCUGCCGCUCUACUGGAUUACGGCUUCUAUCUGCUCAACAUUGACUCCAUCCCGCACAGUGUGGCCGUGUAUGAGGAAGCACUAGCAACACUACGCCGCGUGUUCGGCCGCAGCAGUCUCCACGUGGCCACGGCGCAGGAGGACCUAGCAUACGCACUGUACGUGCUAGAAUAUUCUUCGGGGCGCUUUUACAAGGCGCGCGACCACGCCGAGCGCGCCAUCCGUAUUAUCGAGACCCUGGUACCCACAGACCACUUGCUCCUGGCGUCGGCGAAGCGCGUGAAGGCGCUCAUCCUGGAGGAAAUCGCUCUAGACACGCCCGCCCCGCACCAGGAGAUGCGCGGACAGAAUGGUACCGGCGAACCAUCUCUACUAGAAGAAUCAGAAGCUCUCCACAAGGCGGCGCUGCAACUGUCCAUGAUGGCGUUCGGAGAGAAGAACGUACAGACCGCCAAACACUACGGCAACCUCGGCAGGCUCUACCAGAGCAUGCACAAGUUCCAGGAUGCAGAAACUAUGCACCUAAAAGCCAUCGCGAUCAAAGAAGAGCUCUUAGGCGCUGAAGACUACGAGGUCGGGCUCAGCAUCGGCCACCUCGCCUCGCUCUACAACUACCACAUGCAGCAACAUAGAGCCGCUGAGGCGCUCUAUCUGCGCUCUAUUGCCAUCAGUCUAAAACUGUUCGGAUCUCGCUACUCCGGGCUCGAGUACGACUACCGCGGGUUGGUGCACGUCUUCACACAGCUCAAGAGGCACGAUCGCGCCGACCACUAUUCGGCUUUACUGCAACAUUGGCAUGAACUACGAGAGCAGUCCAAAACUGAGCAACAACCGGAUCUCGGCGCGGAGCAAGUCCUACCCCUAGAGGAGCUCCAAGCCAAGCUGUUCGCGCCCAACGACUGAGCGCCUCGCUCCGCUCGCGGUGCCCUCGCAGCCCUCACGCCGGCUAAACAACUAAGUCACGCGCGGACGCGUCUCUGCAAAAAUAUUGCAAUUUAUUUUGACAUUAUAAAGAAUUUAUAUAGAUUGACGUGUUUUUGCGUUACUUCUCAGCCGAAAGGCGGAAAGUAGGUUACUUUGACGCUGAUUUGUGUUUAGGUCGUGUACCGAAAUUUUGGUACAUGUACCAAAAUGUCGUGUACCGAUAUUUUGGUACAUGUACCAAAUUUUCGGUACACGAUGCCAUGCGAACUGUAUAGUCGCGAUUCGAUGUCUAUUAGUGAAAUUAUGUUAGUUUAGGUGUAGACCACUGACUAAAGUAUUUCUUCUUUGAUGUGGAGUCAAAUUUGUGUUUAGUCGGACACUGCCAGAGUAGGUUAUUUUAUAUUUGGUUAUUUGAGAUGGAUGUUAUGCAAAUUGUACGGUGAUUUUAAAUAUUUGAGUCACUUUGCAUGUCUAUUAUUACUACAUUUUUUGUUUGCAAUAACCUUUUCUACAAUAACUAAUCAUUUAUUUAAAAUUAAAUAAUUAUCUUGGCAGUGUCGGCCUAAAUAUUAACAUUUUCUUUCUCAGAACUAAAAUAUUCGUACGUAAAAUGGUGAUGAAAUCAGCUAUAUCUGUAUACUAGUUUUCAAUGUAGUACCAUAUGACGUUUAUUGAAUAUAAAAUACGAAUUAUAAAAUAUAUAAAUAUGCCAGCCUUUCAGCACAAUACAUGUCCAGUAUUUAUAAGGUGUUAUACGUACUAUAGACUGUUUCAUUUACGAAGACGGGUGAUUUGGUUCGUAAUGUCAUACUAUUAAAGGUUAGAUUUUACGAAAAAGCACGUCAUUGUCAAUGACACGAUCUUAUAACAAUGAAAAUGGUACAUGUCGAUUUAUAAAAGUAGCACAAUCUAUCAAUAUUUUUAUAAAAAACUUGUCACUCUUAUGAAUCGAUUUGUACUUUAAAGUCAAAUAAGCACAAAAUUGUCGUUUCUGAAUGGGCAAGGCAAACUGUUGAUGUAACUACGAUCGUCAUCAAAUAUAUGGGAACGCCCAAGGUGCUCAAAAUAUCUGAACACACACUGGAUAGAGGCACGUUCCGAUAUUUGUGAGCACCUCGUCCGGUCAGAUAUAUAUGAAUGCGACUAAGUUGCGAAGUUAAAUAGUUACAUUUGUUCGAACGCUUGCUGGUAAGAAAGCCUAUUUGUCAUUUUGGAUUGAUAGCUUUAUCGUUCGAUGAGUUUUGUCUCGUAUGUUUUAUUGGAAUAGACAAGGACGGAUAUAAUGAAACUGACUAUGCUUCGCUUUAGUACGUUUCAAGGUCGAGAGAGCGACUAGAAAAAUUAUAAUAAAUAGAUGCGCCUUUUUGUCUCCAUCAAAUUGUAUAAAAUAUGUCCUUUUGGUAUAAGUGGUCGAUGAAAUUUAUGUUCCUAUGAUUACAGUAACGCGCUACGCACUGCCAUUUACUGCGGAUUUCCCGCUAUUUUAGUCCAAGCGCUUUACGCUUGACCCUUGCGCUUUCUGUCAUACUACAAACUAUCUCUUUUUAACUCAUAAGUGCGUCUCUCUCGGCCCGCGACAGAGGAAUUUGAUGUAACGGCGACUGUCAAGAGCUUAAUGUUAUGUUCCUCAUUUUAAGUGAUUUUCUUAUAUAAAAAUGUAUACUCUAUGUAAAAUCUAGAAUAUAGUUAUAUUUCGUUGUUUUAGAGCUUAUUUUUUAGUUUUAGCGAAUUUACUGUAUGACGUGAAAAUGAAUUGAAAAAUGUGUAUAUAAUAUU